AUGUCAUACCCAGCCCAACGAACCCAAUCCACGCAACAACAACAGCAGACUCAACCCCCGCUCAUAAACUUCAUCCUCUCCUUCCUGCUGGUAGGCCUCGCCUGGGGCCUCACAACGCCCUUCAUCCGCCGCGCGGCGCGCGAUUACCGGCCGGCACCACACCCUUUGCUUUCUUCAGAGUCGGUGCAACAGAGCUGGUGGAAGCGGAGGGUGUUGGGCGGGGCGUUUGCCGUGGCGGAUCUGCUGCGGAAUCCGCGGUAUGCCGUGCCGUUGGUUCUGAACCUGACGGGGAGUGUGUGGUUUUUUUUGUUGGUUGGAAGGGCUGAACUGAGCCUGACGGUUCCGAUUGUCAAUACGGUUGCCUUCUUGUUUACCGUCGUUGGGGAGUGGUGGGUUGAGGGCAACGUUAUCAGUCGAGAUACCAUCCUCGGAACGGCGUUGUCGGUUGCGGGGAUUGCGUUGUGUGUGCAUAGCAAGAAUGUUGCAUAG